CCUCGCAGUGAACAUUCGCUGGGGGAGAAGGAUCAGCGCAGCAGCGAGGAUGAAUGAAUGAUAGUCUCCCUCGCCAACCGAGACUUGCCAUGGAUGGGAAACUUAAUUUGUUUCCACGGAACCGAUCGGGGAUUAGCCGUCGCAUCAAAUAACUAGGCUACUGCUGACAGCGACCAGGACUAAUGUCAUAGGAUGAACACUGCUAGUGGGGUGUGUCUGUCUGUGCUGUCCUCUCUCCUGGCCGUGGCUGGGGCUCUGGCUGCCGUGUCUGCCCUCGCUCUAGCGCCUCUCUCUGCCCUGGCUGAGGCUGCCUAUGGGGCUGCUGAUGGCGUCCCCAGCACCGGGGCAGAGGGGGCCCCCUCACCCGUCUCCACAACAUGCUCCAGCCUUGUAGCUGGGGUGCUCUACGGGUCUUUCUCCCUACGGGAGCUGUUCCCCUCCAGGGCGCCAGGCUGUUCCUGGUCCCUGGAAAACCCGGAUCCCACAAAGUAUUCCCUCUACCUCCGCUUCACCCGCCACCCUAUCAUAUGUCGGACACACUCCCCCAUGCUCCUCUCCCUCGACCACCAUCUAUCGAAUCAAAGCUGCCCCCUGCAUUUACAGUCGGACGCUGCCAGGGAUCAGGAAGUCAUUGAUCUCUGUGGCAGCCAAUCCAACUCAGAUGGAACUUACUCCUUCCUACAGUUUGAUAAAAACUUUGUCCAAUUGUGUCUCACGAGACACCCAGCUGCUGAUGAGCCUCAGGUAACCAAGGAAUUGCUGGAGCUGAGGCUAGUGGAGGUGUUGCUCAUUAACAACGAGAACUCCAGUCAGUUCACCUGCGGCGUGCUCUGCCGAUGGUUCGAGGAGUGUUUACGUACAGGACACAACGGAGAUCGGGAGGUUUCCGACGCGGACGGUUGCGGGAUGACCCAGACGGGAUGUAUCUGUCCGAACCACAACAUCAUGGCGCCGCCUGUUCCGCUGCUCCCUGAGACGCCCCACAGCUUCAGCAAUGGUUCGCUGGUUCCAGAUGACUGCUGUGUCACCGAGCUGCAUUCCAACGAUGCCAUCGCGAUAGCACCCAGAGAUGUCCGACAAGAUCCGUAUGACGAUGAUCUAAAGGUGAAGACACAGAGACCACGAUCAGCAGACCAGCCAGGUGUGUUUCAGGCACAAACAGGUGACCCUGCAGCAGAGGAGUGGUCACAGUGGAGUGUGUGUUCGCUCACGUGCGGGCAGGGCUGGCAGGUGAGGACGCGCUCGUGCGUUUCUUCGCCCUACGGGACGCUGUGCAGCGGGGCCCUGAGGGAAACACGCAUGUGCAACAACACGGCUCCCUGUCCUGGAGACCCUGGCAUCACAGGCUCAGUGGAGGGCCAGUGGCUUGAGUGGGCGCCGUGGUCCAAGUGCAGCGUGACGUGCAACACGGGAACCCAGGAGCGGCAGAGACGCUGCAGCUCGUCGGUGCACGGCUGGGCUGAAUGUAAGGGCCCCCAUCAGGAGAGCAGGGACUGCGUCAACCCUUCAUGUGGUGGUGGAGGUAACUGGGGCAGCUGGAACCACUGGAGUCUCUGCAGCAAGACAUGUGACUCGGGUUGGCAGCGUCGUUUCAGGAUGUGCGAGGGCGCCGGUGCACAGGGCUACCCCUGUGAUGGCUCAGGAGAGGAGGUUCGCUCCUGCAACGAGAAGAAGUGCCCUGCUCCACAUGAGAUAUGUAAAGAUGAGCACCUUCUCUCGAUGUCCUGGAAGAGAGCCUCAGCUGGAGAAACCGUCUACAACAAGUGUCCUACUAACGCCACUGGAUCUGCUAGUCGUCGUUGCAUGCUGGACAUUACUGGAGUUGCUUUCUGGGGUCCUCCGAGCUUCGCCAGAUGCGUCUCACUUGAAUUUAGAUAUUUACAUUUAACUUUACGAGAGCAUCUUGCGAAGGGUCAGAGGACCCUGGCCGGGGAGGGCAUGUCUCAGAUCGUAAGGACUCUCCUGGAGCUCUUUCAGAGGAGGAGCUACUACAGUGGCGACCUUCUCUUUUCCACGGAGAUCCUGCGAAAUGUGACGGACACCUUCAAAAGAGCAACCUACAUCCCAGCUCCCGACGACGUGCAGAAAUUCUUCCAGAUAGUCAGUCACAUGUUGGACAUGGAAAAUCUAGAGAAAUGGGAGGACGCUCACCAGGUCGCUCCCGGUGCCGCUUUGCUGAUGAGGACCGUCGAGGAUUUCAUUCACCUCAUUGGCGAAGCCCAGAAGCCUUUUCAGAGUUUUCUGGUGGUUACAAACAACCUCAUGAUAACCAUCCAACGAGAGCCGGUGUCAGCAGUUUCCAGUGAUAUCAACUUCCCCAUGAGGGGCCGGAGGGGGAUGAAGGACUGGGCUAGAACCGCAGAGGACAAGCUCUUCAUCCCUAAAGAGGUCUUCACCAUCCCUACAGAAGAGACAGAGGCAGAUUCGGAGUUGACAUUGUACUACGUCAUUGGAGCCAUCUUGUACCGGACGUUGGGCGUCAUCCUGCCUGUGCCAAAUCCCCCUGCGGUGAUCAACUCCAAGAUCCUGACAGUGACAGUGCGUCCUGAGCCGCAGCCCAGCGAGCCCAUGGUGGUGGUGGAGCUGUCACAAAUUUUAAAUGGUACAUCAGAUCCUCAGUGCGUUGUCUGGGACUACGGCAACCCGGAAGCUGGCGCGGAAAACUGGGGCACAGAAGGCUGCCAAACGCUCGCGUCAACCGCUGUCCACACCAAAUGCCUGUGCAGCAGGAUAUCCACCUACGCCGUGUUAGCGCAGCAAGCUAAAGACCCGGACAUGGGUCCUUCCAGCAUACCCUCCAUGCCCCUGAUGGUAGGCUGUGGAGUGUCCUGCUCAGCCCUGCUUAUCCUGCUGCUAAUCUACGCUGCCUUCUGGAGGUACAUCCGUUCGGAGAGAUCGAUCAUCCUGGUGAAUUUCUGCUUCUCCAUCCUGGCCUCCAAUUUGUUGAUUUUGGUUGGACAAUCUCAAACGCUUAGCAAGGGCCUCUGCACUGUGACCGCCGCGUUCCUGCAUUUCUUCUUCUUGGCGUCCUUCUGCUGGGUGCUGACAGAAGCGUGGCAGUCCUACCUGGCCGUCAUCGGCAAAAUGAGGUCUCGGCUCAUUCGCAAGCGUUUCCUGUGCCUCGGCUGGGGUCUUCCCGCCCUCGUUGUAGCAGUGUCGGUGGGUUUCACCAGGGCAAGAGGUUACGGCACAGCCAGCUACUGCUGGCUAUCCUUGGAGGGCGGCCUGCUUUAUGCCUUCGUUGGACCUGCUGCCGUCAUUGUCUUGGUGAAUAUGCUCAUUGGAAUUGUGGUGUUUAACAAGCUCAUGUCUCGAGACGGCAUCUCCGACAAGUCUAAAAAGCAGCGAGCGGGUGUCCCGGCGGAGGCGCGGAGCCGACUGCUCCUGAAAUGCUCCAAGUGUGGCGUGAUCUCGAGCACCGCGCUGUCCAGCUCGACUGCCAGCAGUGCCAUGGCGUCUCUGUGGAGCUCCUGUGUGGUUCUCCCUCUCUUAGCGUUAACCUGGAUGUCAGCCGUGUUGGCCAUAACUGACCGGCGCUCCACACUCUUCCAGGUCCUUUUCGCCGUCUUCGACUCCGUCCAAGGUUUCGUCAUCAUCACCGUCCACUGUGCGAUGCGCCGGGAGGUGCAGGACGCGGUGCGCUGUCGGAUGGGGGGAUGCAAAGACGACAGCGAGAACUCACCCGACUCCUGCAAGAACGGACAGGUGCAGAUCAUGAGAGGUCCAAAUGUGAGCUACUGUGGCCAGCAGGGCGGCUCCCUGCGUUACGGCACCCCCCCGUGCCUCUCGGCUUGCCAGGCGCAGACGCUCCCGCCGUCGUGCCACCAGGCAUGCCAGCAGGGCUACCACAGUCUACCCCGCGGCAACCAUAUCCCCGGGCUAGACCACGGCCACGCCACGCAAAGCCAUGCUCAUCAGCAUAGCCCCAUCCUGAACAAUACCCACAACCAUGCUCACAACCAUAACCACGCCCACAACCACAUCGGCGGCCAACGAACGGACUUCGAGAAGGACGUGGACUUGGCGUGUCAAACAGAAAGAGGACACCCAUUCAUUUUCAAGGAGGUGAAUACCUGUAACCCAGCCACCAUCACCGGGACCCUUUCCCGCAUCUCUCUGGAUGACGAGGAGGAUCCCAAGUUGGCAGCCCAUCAGGAUGGGGGAGUCGGAGUCAACUUCAGCUCCCUCCCCGGGAACAUUCCCCCUCCCAACAUGAUUGUACAGGUUCCAACACUAGGCGGCCUCAACGAGCUGAGCGAGACGCCCCUGAAGAAGGAGGUGAACGUGGACCAGCAGAGACAGCAGGGGCAGCAGCGCAGCGGUGCUCAAAUCUACCUGUGCACUGAGAGCGGCCUGGGCUGGGCGCGCCCGCCGGCUUCCUCCAACAACUCCCAGGAUGGAAGUGCUGGGAGUGGAGGGAGUGCGGGAGGAGGAAGUGGUGGAGGAGGGGAGGGAGACUACAUGGUCUUACCUCGUCGGACGGUCAGUCUCAAGCCCCCGGCCCUGGGCCUGGGGGGCGAGGAUAAGCCUCUCAACAUCGCGGUGGAAGAUCCUCCCUUCCCCCCGCCUCCCUCUCCCCUGACCCUCCACCCAGCUGAGAGCGAGGCCUACCCGGUAGAUUUUGUCCAGUCCAGUGUGGGAGACAUGAACAUCACCAUGAACCUCAAUCGCUCCUAUGGGACGAUCAAAACCAUGCCCCACGGGCACGCCCACAUGAUGGCGCCGGGUGGUCUUGUACACUCCCACGGAGGACACAUGCACUCCCACGGGCAUUCACUCCAGCUGAAGCAGGGCCACAGGCCGUCAGUCAGACAGAUUCUGACGGGGGGAUCAACGGUGGAGAGAACCAGGACCCUGCCACGUAACCUGGGCAGCACCAACGCCAACACCAACCUCUCAGCAGGAUCCCUGGAGAGGAAAAGAGUUCGGUACUCUGAGCUGGACUUUGAGAAAGUGAUGCACACUCGCAAAAGACAUUCUGAGCUGUACCAUGAGCUCAACCACUCGUCCAAGUUCCACACCAUAGACAGGUAUAGCAGGGACGCAGCCAUGUCCACAUUCAAGGACAAGUCAACCCCAGAGGACCAGAGCUCCUGGGACAGCUUCAAGACCAUGACCCCCGAGCUGUCCAUCGUGCCUGGGGAGCAGAAGGACCGGAUGGAGCUGCACAAUAAGAACUGGGACUCCUCUUCUGCCAACACACCCGACUCAUCCGAGGGAGACUUCCAGACUGAAGUGUGAAGACGCACAGAUGAACACACAAACUUAAAAACACACGCUCUCAUUCCGAGACAUAGUACCGAUGCACACAGAAAUACUGAACCUCUGAGAUGCUUGACAAAAGUAUAUGGUUCUUGGCAGAGACCUCACAAACACACACACACACACACACACACACACACACACAUGCACACAGUGCUCCCCGUCUCCUGCAAUGUGCUCUGUCGGAUCCCGAAACUGUAUUUGUUUACUUCUGCAGUGGACAGACAUGGAAAGAAGACUGUUCUACACUAUAUUUUCGCAAAGACUAUUGAAAAGAAAGAACAGGAGCUCGACACAGUCUGUGGUCGAGGAAAACAUUUUUAAACGGACUACAGAAAAAAAAACACAGUGAAAAAAACUAUUUCUGAGAAAAGUUGUCUUGAUUUUAUUCCGGAGAAAAAAAGAAAAAUCUCUGUCAAUUGUUUGAUGAUUUUGGGGGUGAAAAAAAAAACAAAGAAGAAGAAUAUUUCUGCAUCGUUCUGUUCUUUUUAUAGCGAGGGGAAGAAAAUCCCACUGAGGUUUCUCACACUGGUAGCCCCCCCCCAGGCAACCUGCUCUCGUUUAUUUCCUGUUCCCUUCUAAUGGGUGAAGACAGCAUUCAAUCUCUCAGUCUUGCCCUUUUUUUCUUUUCUUUUCAUAUUUUUUCGAUGGAGGGGAAUGGGGGGGGGGGGGGGGGCAGGUUAACGCUGCUCAUGAUUUGCCAUCCUCUUUGCUUUUUACAAGGUUCCAGUUCAACAAUCCAUCCACAUCCUCUUCGUCAACAUUGUACCUCCCCCCCAACCCCCCAACCCCUCCUUAUUUUGUGUAUUUUCUUAAUAUUACCUCCCCGAUGGUUUGAAACUUUUAAUGAAAAAAUAAUACGAUUGAAACAAAUAACUACAAACUGAGUUGUGUUCUAUGGUAUAACUGUUGAAGAAGAAUUUAUUUUCAGACUGUUUUUUUUGUUCUUUCUUCCUAAUUUCCUGUGAGAAUAAACCCACGUGGAACUUAAAAAACAUGAUUUAGGACACACGCAGCACAAAAAUAUGAGAUUGCUUUCUGGCGGUAAUGUGCGCCGCAUGUUAUCCAGCCGUGAGGGGAAAGAAGGAUAGUGAUCGUCAUGCAGAUUCUCGCAUCUUCCUCCUUUAUUUUUUUUCUCCCCCACUGCUCGCAGAUAAAGGCCUUUAAAGAUUGCAGCAUCGGAAUCCAUUCCAGCCAUCACCAAUCACAGUGAUGCCAGAAAAAGAUGAUAUCUCAGUCACUUUCGGCGCGAAUUGAAUCUGUGCCGGCGCCGCGCGACAUCUCUCAUUCCUCAAAAACGUAUCACUCGCAGUGAAGUAUUGAUCCGGUUAGCGGCAAACUCUUUCCUUCUUUCUGUAAGAUCGUAAAAACCUAGCACGACUUCUAAGUCUGCUUUGCUCAUCCUUCCAAUCUAGCGUCGAACUACACAGGAGGCAUGACAUCUUGAUGAUAGCAGUGGAGCCUGUUGUGUAACACCCCGAUCACAUGGCUCCCUCUCUGUGUGGUUGUAUGUAGAGCUUGUGAGCACAGCAGCUGCCAAAAGAGAGAGACAGAUAGGACGACAGAGAGGUGACACACUGAAGGGGGGAGGAAACAUAACUGGUGGUGAUUCUUCUGUCUUGACAUUAUACAUCUUCGACUUCAGUCGCUACGAAAGGGCAACCCGUUUCCUGCUGUUGCUACAUUAGCAAGUAAAGUCCUCCAACACACUGAGAGAGAGUCAGAGUGCAGGACGAAUUCACAUGAUCAAUCAAAAUGUGCUGUACAAAUUUUAGGUUAAGGCAAAAAGGAAUAUGAUACAGUGAUAAACAGUAAGGCACAGUCACUAGAAAAGACAUGAACAACAAAACGAACGUGCAAAAGUGUAAAACAGAAAACAAAGUUUCAUCAAUGAAUGAUAUAAAUAUUAAAUACUAAUAUUAGAUCUACUAAAUCCCAUUUAAAGAAAAAGUGUCAACCUAUGUAUGUAUUUAAAAACAUAGAUUUUUGUUUUGAGCAUUAUUGGGAUCCUGAUAACGUUAUUUAAGACAGAAGCUGCAUACAAACAACUUUCAUGCAAACUUUGGACAGCAAGAGAUAGGAGAGGGAUUGAAAUUAGGCCUUUUCAACAAGAGGUUGAACUAUUCCUGUAAAACACGAUGGGAAAGUUAAAUAUGCAAGAAAUAUAUAUUUCUGAUACAAAAAUUGUAUCAUCUGACAAUGUCCCACACUUUCUUUAUAAGGGAGCCAUUGUUCUUUCAUACAGUUGGGUCCAAAAGUCUUGAAUGGACCAACACUUGAAUGGGAAAGUGGGGAUGGUCCAACAAUGGUACCUUUAUUCCUUUUUCAUUCUUUGUUCAAAGAGGCUCCCAUUAAUCCUAGAGUCUAAAGAAAGAGAUGAUACAGUUUAAGACCGGGUGGAAUAAGAAAUAAGUGCAAGAGAACCUCGUAUUCAAGGAAAGAAGAUCCCGAAAAUAUAUAGCGAAAAAUCAUUGAGUCAGGCAGAGCAGCAGAUUAAGUCGUGGGGGUGCUCAAAACAGUAAUUAUCCGGGGAUGGUGAUUUGUCCUGACAUUUUCCAAUGCAGACCUCGAACCAUCUGUUUAAAGAUCCCUGAUGUGGUAGUAGUGUGGCGCAGCGCAGAUGGCGAGACAAGAGUGCGGCCCAGCUAACCUUUCAAGCUAAUCAGCUGAUGGGCGAACCUACAGUAGCGUCCUCCUGCGAGGGGAGGUGAGCUGUACGCCCCAGGAUGCCGAGCUCGGGUCACAUUCACCCGACCUUCUGCAUACAGUGUGUCCACACUGGUCUGCCAGCUGCGUGGCCCCGGUCAGAGAAAUUAUGAGAUUCGAAGGAAAGAAUUAAGGAAGGAAGGAAGGAAGGAAGGAAGGAAGGAAGGAAUGAAGGAAGGAAGGAAGGAAGGAAGGGUGGAUUACGUGCAUUAUAUUAUUUUGUUGCAUCAGGGAUAUUUUCCAUAUAUUCCUCUGUCCUCAUUGUGUGUCUUCAAGCUUAGUGAGAACUGGAAAUGUACCUUUCAUCUUCCACAACGGUAAGUGUGAUGCUGUUCGACUGAUGGAGGCUGAAAUUAUUGAUUAUUUAAGUGUGCCACUAAAACCAAGGACCACCUGGCAACUUGUGUUCUAUGAGAAACGAUGGUGGGAUUAACGUGUCAUUCCGAGUGUGUCAAUCUUGUUUUUAUUUUUAUUUAGAGGCCGAAACUCAGAAAUAAAUAUGAAACACUGAAGUCAAUUUGCAAGUUAAGUCUGGGGUGAACGGCAAAUUUGAGAACAUUCAAUGCUCACCUUCACCUCCACCCUUCUUUCUCCAACACAUAGGUGUAAACCGACUUGCUCCACCACUCCAGUUGAUUUAUUACUGAAAAACCCCUCCUUUUCCUUCUCUCCCUCAUUUUUGUUCUUUUUAUACAUAAGAUUGUACAAAGUAGUCCUCUAAUGUUUUCAUA